AUGGGUCGACACAAGUCGCGCCACGAGUCUGAGCGACGCAAGUCAAAAAGGAAGAGAAGCUACUCUCCCCGUUCAUCCUCAGAAGACCAGAGGAAGCAAAGUGACGAACGCUUCGAGCGGUUGGAACGCAUCGUCGAGAGCCUAGACCGACGAUCAAGAUCUCAUACGGGAGGAUCAUAUAUACAAAAGGGCGACGAGUUGAUGAUCCCUUUGUUCGAUCCGUCAAAGGAUGACUUGGUCAUCGAAAAAUGGAUCGAACAUGUCGAUGACCUGUCAGCGCAGUACGACUGGGACGACAAGGCAAUUCUGCGACUAAUCCCAGGACGAUUGAGAGGACAUGCCCGGCAAUGGUAUGAUGCCAGACCUCGGUUGACCGGCAUGUGGAGUGAGAUAAAAAACUCUUUAACUCAACAGUUUCGUAAGUCCGUACCCUUUAGCAAGUUGUUUAAGGAAGCCGCAAAUUACGAGAGUACCCCGGGGCAAUCACUGGGGGAUUACUGCUUCCAGAAGUUGAGUAGGAUGCGUAAAUUGGAUAUCACAAUACCGGAUAAGUAUUUAAUUGACGCGGUAAUCGGCGGGAUCUCCGACGAAAACGUAGCACGAACGGUACGCUCGGCACAACAUGGUAGUGCAAACGAUUUAUACGCAUACAUGACGACUCUAGGAGAUUUACCACGACAUAGUGAGAAAAAUAAAGCCGCGACGAGUAAUAAGGGCGACCGAAAGGACCGUACAUCGAAACCCUUGGCGGUAGAUCAAACGCGCGCGACGAACGAUGAAAACACACCGCCGACGGACGAAAAAAGAAAUUCGCGACCCGAGUGUUUCAACUGCGGAAAAGCGGGACACAUCGCGCGGAAGUGUCGCAUGCCGCGCAUUGAAUGCGAACAAUGCAACCGGUUAGGGCAUCGAGCCGAAAAAUGUCCGAUAAAGAAAAAAGACGUAAUCGCGGUAACUGAAACGGGAAGCGCGUCGAGUGCAUACGAGAGGCCGGUAACCAUAAACGGACAUAAAGUUCAGGGACUGAUAGAUACGGGAAGCGGGUGCACGUUAGUACGAAAGUCUGUUAUCUUAAAAUACGAGAUGGCGACCAUAACAACAUCGAAUCGGAUAUUGCAAGGUUUCGCGGGAUGUGCGGCGAUAAGUAAUCGGGCGACGCGCUGCGAAAUUAGAGUCAUGGACGCGGUGGCACAAGUCGAUGCCAUUAUAGUACCGGAUGAUUGCCUCGUAUAUGAUCUAAUAGUCGGCCGUGACUUCCUCGAACAGGAAUAUAUUGUUAUGAUCAAACACGGAAACAAAGCAACGCUUAAACAAUUACCCGUGAUUUCCAGCGACGGCGAGAAUAUUGUCGGUGUUUAUUUUUCAAACGUACGGGGAAGUAACGAGAUUACAAUCACUACCGGAACGGCCGGUAAAAAGGCGAAACAGUUAGCUACGGCUUUGCUUCGGGAGUUCGAAGACUGUAUAGCGCGUUCGGUAUCGGAACUAGGAAAAACGGACGGAGCGGCGUUGCGUAUCCGUUGUACGACCGACGAACCUAUCGUGUACCGUCCGUACCGUCUGGCAGAGGCCGAAAAACGCGUAGUGCGGGAGAUGAUACGCGAACUCCUAGAUAACGGCAUUAUCCGCGAGUCAGAGUCACCAUACGCGAGUCCCAUACUAUUGGUAAAGAAGAAGAAUGGCGAACACCGAAUGUGCAUCGAUUUCCGUAAAUUGAACGCGGUCACGAUCAAGGAUAAAUACCCGAUGCCGCUAAUUGAAGAGCAGAUUGACAAAUUAGGAGGCUGCCAGUAUUUCACAGGACCAGUGUUUGCCGUUAUCUAA